ACCUCAAGUCCUCCUCUUAUCUGUACAGUUUGAGUUUUACAGGGCAGAGGACAAACAGGGUCUCAGGCAAAGGAGAGUCUCUAGAAGAGGAGAGUUCAGAUACAGUGAUGCCACCACUCUGUGCUGUUCUUCUGCUUUUCAGCAAAGUCUAUGGUCUGCUUGGGAAGAAUGUUAAUCAGCCUUACACGCUGGUGAGACCUCAGCUUGGAGACACUGUGACUCUCCCAUGUUUCCAUGCUCAAGAUUUUGUGACCUGUGCCAGCUGGUUUAAGCAGAGUCUUGGAGAGAAGCCCCAGUUUGUCGCAAUAACAUUGAACCCUAAAUCAGGUGCUAUAUUUUUCAAUGAGUUUAAAAACAAUGAACGCUUCAGUGCUAAAGCAGCGGAGGGGAGCUUUAACCUGACUGUGUCAGGAGUAGAGCUGUCUGACUCAGCCACAUACUACUGCAGUAUUACGAGCUACAAUGAGAUCAGCUUUGGAGAUGGAACUACUUUAAUGGUGACAGGGUCAGAGUCACACGGCAGGACAGUAGUACUGCAGCAGCCCGAGUCUGAGUCAGUGCGGCCAGGAGACUCUGCGACUCUGCAGUGUACAGUACACAAUGAGACCUGUGCAGGAGAACACAGUGUGUACUGGAUCAGACAGGGCUCAGGAGAGUCCCCUCCAGGAAUCAUUUACACCCAUGGAACCAGGAGUGAUGAGUGCCAGAGGAGCCCUGGGGCUGUGUCUCCCACACAGAGCUGUGUCUACAACUUCCCCAAGAGGAACCUCAGCUCCUCUGAUGCUGGGACUUACUACUGUGCUGUGGCCACCUGUGGGGAGAUCCUGUUUGGGAACGGGACCAAGCUGGACAUAGAGGGGGAACCGAAGACAGUCUCUUUCAUAAUUCUCAGCAUCCCUUGUGUGGCGUUGGCUUUGAGCCUGAUUGUGAUCGCCGCUCUUCUCCGCAGUUGGAAGAAACGAAAAGUUUGUGAGCACUGUACAGGUAACAAUCUUCAGAAAAGCCGGCUUGACACCACCGACGAUCCAAGAGAACAGUGCUCUACUGAGGACGCGCUGAACUACGCCGCUCUGAGGUUCAGUGAAAAGAACACAAAAGCCAGGCCCAAGAGGAGAGACCAGCGGGAAGACCUCGUCUAUUCCGACGUGAGAACUCAAGACUGGAGGUGAAAGCUUUUCUGAAGGUAUCCAACAAAGAUUGCGGAAGAAAACUUUGUCUAACUGGAGUGAACGCACAUUGGAGUUUUGGCAGCGGCAGUGCGGCUGUACUGUAUGCCCUUUAUCUGAAAGCUUUAAUUUUGGGUGACUAACGUUUACCUAUGCCGAAUAUUUGCUGACGCGAUUCAAGUUGAGUGCGUUUUAUUUUCCAUGCACCUGCAGGAAAAAUAGCUGCAAGUUAAACUUUAAUUUUUAUUUGAAAGAAAACAAUGGCCCAAUUUUGAUUUUCUUUUUUUUUUGUUCCACUUCAGUUCAACCAAC